UUUGAGAAAAACAAUCGGGAGUGAACAGUGAAGCGAGCGAAGUGGAUAUCGUGUUCUCUGUGUUUGUGUGUUCCAGUUAUUAUUUUUCCUGAUUUGUGGAAACUGUAGCCUGUUUAAUGUUCGAGUGAUUUGUUUUUUUAUCCUAUCGAGCUCUUGUUAACCGGCCAAAUGGUUGACAAAUUAUUUUUAAGUGCUGUGUGUCUUGCAAUUUCUGCAACGUUUAUCUGUGUGUCUACAGCGAUCACUGAUGAAACUGAUGGAGAGCCACGAUUGGAUAUAGCAGAGCCCGAGAAAGGUUACCAUGGGCUGGUCAAAGAGAAUGAGACGCUAGUUGAGGUUACCCCGAUUAUUCGGGGUAUUGGUGCUGAUAUUUGUAGCUUCCGCAUACAUAAGCAUCAUGGAGAGGCUCCGUUUGAGAUAAUUUUGAAAAAAGACGGAGAAGCGGAAUUGAGAGCGCGGAAGGCUCUUAAUUGCGAAAAGCGGAAAAGCUACAAAUUUGAUAUCGCAGCUGUUUCUUGCUCUGGCCGGCAGUCUAAAAAUGCGACGGUUCACAUCAACGUGGAGGACAUCAACGAGUACGCGCCGGCGUUCCUGGAGCCGGCCUACGUGCGGCAGGUGGACGAGGGCCGUCUCUACGAGGAGAUCGUCCAAGUCGAGGCCACCGACAGGGACUGCAACCCCAAGUUCGGCGACAUUUGCGAGUACAAAAUCCUCACCCGCGAUCAGCCCUUCUCCAUCGACAGCGAAGGAAUAAUCCGGAAUACUGAUCCGUUAGACUAUGAAAAGAGUCACAAUCACAUCCUCUCAGUUGUGGCAUAUGACUGCGGAAUGAAACAGUCAGCUCCAAUCAUGGUCACCAUUAAAGUCAAUCGGAUUUGUAAAUUGGGAUGGAAAGGCAUUCCUGAAAGGGUCGAUUACGCGCCUGGAUCAGGGAAAGGAGAAUUAUUUCCGGCAGCCCAAUUAAAACUUUGUGAUGUCCCAUGCAAUGUGACCAAUGUCCAGUCAAAGUUAACAUUGUCUACCUCUCACAUUGGCAAAGGUUGUGAUCGUGACACAUAUUCUGUCCAGAAUCAACGUAAAUUAUGUGGUGCCAGCAGUGAAAGUGUGGAGUUGUUAAACAGCGGAGAGUGGACCAAGACUUUAUCUGUGGAUGACGGUCGUGACAGUGAUGAAAUGUACGAAUUUGAUGGUGUAUCAUCUGCAGUGGCCAUUCCUAAUACCGUACUAAAUCAUGGUCUCGCUUCUACUUUCACAAUAUCAACAUGGAUGAAACACAAAUCUCAACCUCACCUGGACAAGCAUGCCAAAGAACACAUUCUUUGCUCCGCAGAUGACCACAAAAUGAACAGACAUCAUUAUGCCUUGUUUGUGCGCAACUGCAGAUUGAUCCUUCUGCUCCGUCGAGACCUAUCUGACGGUGAUCUGAAUAUUUUCCGCCCUGCUGAAUGGAGAUGGAAGUUACCGCAGGUGUGUGAUAAUGAAUGGCAUCACUAUGCGGUCUCCGUCCAAUUUCCUGAAGUCCAACUGUACGUUGAUGGCUCUCUCUUUAAAUCGGAGAAGAAGAAUCCAGAAGUAAUCGAUGACUGGCCUCUACACCCUACCAAAGAUAUCAACACCACAUUGACAGUUGGUGCUUGUUGGCAAGGUUCAGAAAACAAAAUGAAACAUCAUUUACGAGGAUAUUUGGCUGGACUCUCCGUUUUACUUGGCCAAACUGAAAAACCACACGUUCUUGCCUGUUUACACAAAUGUAAAGAAAGCUUGGAAGUACCAGCAAUGGAACUCCUUGAACCUGGAAUGGAACUUUUAACGAACAGUGAUUUAACUGAUUUGUCUGUAGAGGGAAAUAAUCUCACAAAUCUAGAAGUUCUUGUAAAGAAAAUAGGUUAUGCAAAUUCAAGAGAAUUCCCAACACCUGGCAGACGGAACCUGCGUCUUACCACAAGUAUUAUAUGUGAACAUAAUCACCCUUUGAAAAUCCCUCCAGUAGAAAGCUACGUAAUGGUUUUGCAAGCUCAGCAGCCCAGCAUUACAAUUGUAGGUACAACAAGUGUUGCACGUGAAUACCAUGACUUCAGGCAAGGAGUCCGUGUUUUCACCGACUUGCACAUAACUAUGCAACCAACAAUCAGUAGUUGGAAACACAGUGAAUCAAUAGGCGAUAAGAAAUUAGACUCAUGCGUUGUUUCUGUGUACCCAUCACUGAAUCCAGACCAUGAGACCAUGUCCAUACCCGAUAAAGUUCUCACACAACUUGAAAUAUCCGCAAAAAUUAGCAAGGAUGGUGCUACCUUGUCAGGAUCUGAUCUACUUUACAACUAUGAAGAAGCUUUACGGCAAAUUCAGUACACAAAUCAAAAACCGGCCUACUAUUUGAAUAGAGUGUUCAAAUUGGUUUGCUCAGAAAUGAACGGACGAUUCUUAAGCAAUGAAUAUGUUCAAACGUUGACGGUCAUACAUCCCAGAGUUGUAUCGGCAAGCACAGCUCAAGAAAGUGCAACCCCAGAAACGAUUGCUGCUGUUUAUCCAGCACAUGCUCAAAUCGCGGUUCAUCAAGUUGAGUUGACCCCUCACGCCAUAGUUAAUCACUACUUGGAGUCAAUCUCAUCAGAUCACUCGGCCAGUCCAGCUUUUGUUGGAGGAUCUCAUGUUGUCACUGUCAUGUUGGUUGUCUGUGUUGGAUUUUUACUACUAUUAAUGGUAGUUGGAGCACUCAGAAUUCACUCAGCUCAUCAUCGAGCCACUCAAGAAGAAAUCGCAGAUGCUGAGAUGGCUUGGGAUGACUCAGCUCUCACAAUAACUGUUAAUCCGAUGGAGCAAAUCAAUGGGAGUGGUGGAAAACUCUCAGGUGUGAGCAGUUUAGACAAAAGUCUUGGACAUGAAGACGAUGACGGAGACGAAGAUGAUGACAACUCAUCAGACGACAACUCGAGUUAUCACGAUGAAGAUGGAGACUCAUCAGAAGAGGAAGACGCCCAUGCAAGCAGCUGCAAAGUCAAAGACUUAGAGUGGGAUAACUCAACGCUGGCCAUUUAAAGCGGUCAGUUGCCAACUGGCUUUUCUCUCCUGUGAGUGUUUCCUUAGGUGUAAUAGUAUACCAUUACUUUCAUGUCUUAUUCUUGCUAGCUCUGCAAUGACGAUUUCUUCUCAAUGAACCUCAAUGGACUUGUUACAUUGUCUGCCGACAGACCUCGGAGAGACAAGCAUGCGGUUUCUGUUUUUGCCAUUUUCUACUGUUUUUCGUUUUUAACGAAUUUCUCGUUUUUAGAACAAUCCCUUUAUCAAUUUAUUUCUUUUUAGAUUGUUUGUUUGUAAAUUCUUUUCUUGCAAUCUCUGCGACGAAUGUUUCAAAAAGUCCAUCGAGGUCCAAUUUGUUUGAAAUAGUUGAUAUGCAGUAAAGCCCUGUCGGAAGUUAUACAUUAUUUUUCUAAGACUGAUUUUAAAUGAACAUCCGCAGGUUAAGAAUUUCUCCUCACUGGCUUUGAAGGACAGAGAUGAAGUUUUUAGUAUCAAAGUGGCUUUUCGUCGAGAUUUUCUUGAAAUCAAUCAAGAGUUAAAUUGAAUAUAAUCUUGAUUUUUCAUCGGAUGACAAACUUCUUGACGCGUUUUACUGUAUAUAUUAGUGCAAGAAUGCAAAAUUUGCGUCUCUUUGUUUUAAUUUAUUUUUUUAUUUACCUCUUUGUUUUCAAUUUUUAUGGGCGUAUUUUUACAUUGGUACUCUUAAUGCAUUUCACAAAAUGCCUACCUAAUAAAUUUUUGAUCGUACACCGAUGGUUCAAAUCUUAACAUUUGAAUUUUAUAUUUUGUCAUUAUUGAAACGAAAAUCUGUUUUUCCCAGCAAGUCCGUGCAGCCUUUCUUUUCAGAUGUGUCCUCCACCCUGGUCUGCAGUAUUGUGUCCUUUUUUUCUUCCUUACUCUUAUCCUAUUUUGCCUCUGCAAUAAUUUUAAGUAGCCAAGUCAUGAUUAUUUGAAAAUCGGAUGCAUUCAACAAUUUUUUGUUUAAGUUUUACUGCACUUUAUCUUUCAUUAAAUGUAUAUUUUAAGGAUUUUUUAGUUUAUGCAAAAUAAUGGAUUAAAAGAGUAUCCAUGUGUCACAACUCAUUAAAUCACUUUCAAUGCAGAAGCUACAAGCUGGAACCGGCACUUAUCAUCUCCAAUAUUAGUUCUCUAUUCAUUAGGAAAACGUUGAUUUUCCUAAAAAGAUUGACUCAAAUCAGUUGAUGUUAUUACAUGAUAGCCUAUAUUUUUUGAUUCACCUCUAUUUCUUGCAGGUUUUAAUUAUUGUAAACCCUUUGAAUGAGAAUCCAUAAACCGAAAGAGAGAACGAAACUUUAGUUCACAUAGUUACUGAAGGUUAUAAAUUUGGUUUUUUCCCAAUUUUACAAGCCGAGAGGUAAAUGUGUUAUUAAUCUGUCAUUAUAAUUUGAAAAAUUAUAUCCUUUCAUGUACAUCAGAGAAUCGUGUGAUUUUUAGCCCAGGCUUACAUAUCUUACCUGAGAUGUCCUCCUACAAAAGGGGAGAAGUUCAUCGCUAUGCUUUAAAAUUGCUUUCAAUCACAGAUAUCUUUUCUUGCUUUGUCAUGAAUUCGAAAAAUUCUAUUACAAAAAUUUGACAACAAUUAGGCGUUUCAAAAUUUCAUAGAAGUUUUCAGUUGGAAUUUGGACUUAAUUGUCUAUAGAUACCUUUUUUAAUCAAAACGUUAGUGGUAAUUUUGAAACAUAGCAACAGAAUUUUCCCAUAUUGAAAAAAGUGACUUGGUUAUGAUGGCAUAAGAAAAUGAAUCGUUUGACAACGUUGUUUGUUAGAUAAAAGAGAGGAGAGAAAAUUUACAAGUGAACAACUAACCUUUACAGAAAUUAUUCAUGUUGAUCGGUGAAAAUUGAAUCCUCAUAGUUAUGCUAUCAGCAAAAGGUCUCUUCAGCGAUCAAGCUCAAGGAAGCAUCUAAAUCUCAUAACUUGGUUUGCUUUUUUCUUCUCUCUGUUCAUCCUCUUUGUAUGAAUUGUAAAUUUAAGCACUGCACCUUGUAACAUAAAUAUUCUAUAGUGUAGCUCUUUGUUGUUAUAUGGAAGGCAGAUUGUAGGUAACAAACUCGCAAGUGAGAAAUAAACAAAUCUUUUAAAAGUCUGAGUCUUUUACUAUUAAUUAUCAACCAAAA